AACUGACAAACGUGUGGGUUGCGUAUUUAGUGUUCAUUUUCCCGAAUCGCUUUACACAUGACAGUUUGAUAGCGAACUUGUUAUAGCAAACAACAACUUCCAGUGUUUAUAUAAAAUAAAUAUCCUUUGUUUUUUUUCCGAUGUAUUGUGUAAAAUUUGUAUGCUUAUAAAGUUGAAGUAACAACAAUAUAAAAAAAUAAUAAUAAUAAUAAUAAAAAAAAAUUAUAACUUCACCCGUUUACUCGAAAUAUUAUUAUAAUUCCGUCUAAUCACAAUUUUUUUCUAAUAACUUAAAUUGCCAUAUUGAACAAAUUUUUCUCAAGUUAAUUUUACAAAUAUUUAUUUGAACUUUGACUAAUUCUACAAUGGAAAUAAUAAAGGCAAACGAUGACAGCAACAUAAGCAUCAAAAACUGUAAUCGGACGGAUAUUGCAGAUGAACACGACAAUGCACUUUACUCGUUUUGUGAAACUAGUCAUCCGAAUUGGAAUGAAAACAAUAAAGUUGGAUACUUAGAAGAACAAUAUGAAAUUCUUCAUUCAUCUGUUAUAGCUUUGACUUCACAUUUUUCACAGGUACAGUUAAGAAUUCAUCAAAUUAUUGAAUCACCUGACGAAGAGAAAAAACAUUUACUUAAAAAUUUAGAGGAAUUUGCAUUUAAAGGCAUCCCAAAUGUGUAUACGAAUUGUUCUUUGAACCACUUACUCGUAACAACGAACGAUGAUGACAAAAUGGUGGAAAAAAAGCAUCAAGUUCAAAUUGAAGUAAUCAAAGAAAUGAAAAAACAGCUGGAAGCUUUAGAGAACCAUAUAUACAAUAAUAAAGAUGAAUUUGAUCUUCCAGAAAGUUUCGUUGACGUUUUCCGCGAAAGACAAAACAACAUAAUUAAUCAAGUAGAAAAAAAAUUAAAUUUAAGUAUUAAAAAUUCUAAAAAUAUGUCCGUAGAAGAACUUAAAGAAGAAGUCGAUAACGCAAUUCAAAAGUUGGUAAAUCCGAUGAAAGCCACAGAACAUUUGGUCGAUCAGUUAAAAACGCAAAUAGCCGAUCUUGAAAGAUUUAUACAGUAUUUACAAACUGGUAAAAUCAAAUUAAAAACUCCAGGAGAAAAAAACAGUAAAAUAUCAGUAUCUAAAGACAAAUGUUUUGAACGCAAAUCGAGAGACGUGAAAACGGUGGGUGCAGUUAGACGGUUAACUGCAAUAAUACAAAUGUUCAUCGGUACUCAAAUAUCAUGCACUCAACGUCAUUUCAAAAUGAAUACACUGAAGAAAUCUAUGAAAAUAAAUCACUGGGGUGAUUACAGAGCAAACUUGGAGUUAGUUGUUUCAGAAUUAUUGGAAAUGCUUGCUUUACCUGAAAUUCAUAUUGAUAGUGAUUAUAUGUCAGACUCCGAAGGUGCUUUAGCUGCAAUGGAAUGCAACGGAAAAAUAGCAUUAAUGGUUCGGAACCGAUUAGCUCCAGCCAUUCAACAUUUGAUUCAACAUGGUCUUAUGGCGGUGGGCCAAAGCACGAGUGUCGUACCAUUUGUGGACUGUUUGCAUCCAAAAAUUAACAACUCAAAAUCAUCAAUGCACGCAUGGGAACUCAUAUUAAAAUACUAUGAGGUAAAAAAUGGUGAUUAUUUCAACUCAACACCAGCCCGUAAACUAUCUCAGAGUUUCAAUUUAGACAUCGAAGGUUGCAAAUCAUCAAUUUCUUAUAAACAAUGUCUACUUUCUAUUAUUGGGAAUAUAAUUUCAUCCCAUUCACGAUAUAAACGAAGUUACGGUUCGUGUUUUAAAGCAUUCGUGUGCGCUGGACUGAAUUCAAAAAUGUUAGUCAAUUGGUUAAAAUUUAUAUUCAAAUGUCAACCACUGGUCGAACUUUACUAUCAACCUUGGAGUUAUGUAGCGCAAACAGGUUUCGACGAUGCAUUGCAUUCACUGGAAAAAUUGAAUCAAUAUAAUUUCGAUCUACCUGCAGAUUUAGCUAUUCGACAACUACAAAAUAUAAAAGAUGCUUUUUAAUAUCAUUAUGUUUUAAAAAUAAUUAAUAUUUUUGUAAACAGAAAAUAACUAAUUUUUGUCUUUGUUAUUUAUUACAUUAUUUUCGUAGAAUAAAUAAGUUUAAUAUAAC